GGCGUCGGUGACUUGCACAUGCAACCCCGGGGGGGUCACUUACGGGGACUUCUUGGCUCUGCUUUCAGGGUAACCCGCCCCCCGUUUUCUGUUUUCGUUGUUUGACUCAGUGCGUGUCUCUGCGUGAAGAGUGGCCUGUUGAGUGGGCUUCGGCCCGACCUUCCCGGGCGCAUCGCGCUCGAAUUCUUGUUUAGAAGAUGGGUCCUACGGGGCGCCUCGUGACCAUCAAGAGGAGCGGGGUGGACGGUCCCCACUUUCCGCUGAGCCUGAGCACCUGCUUGUUUGGGAGGGGUAUCGAAUGUGACAUUCGUAUCCAGCUUCCUGUCGUGUCCAAACAGCACUGCAAAAUCGAAAUCCAUGAGCAGAAGGCAACCUUGUUUAAUUUCAGUGCCACAAAUCCAACGCAGGUGAAUGGGUCUGCUAUCGAUGGACCCGUACAACUCAAACACGGGGACGUGAUCACUGUCAUCGACCGCUCUUUCAGGUAUGAAAACGACAGUCAUCAGAACGAAAGCAAGUCAACGGAAAAUCCAGGACAGAGGCGUGAACAGGCAUCUCUGCGUCGGGUCUCAAGGUCCAGCUUCUCUUCUGACCCUGAUGGGCAAGCUCAGGAUCCCAGCGUGGCCCGUGCGCAGCUCCCCGGAGAGGGUGCCGCAGGAGCGCGCCCGGACCGUCGGGAGGAUGGCGCUGCGGCCCCGCGCGGCCCCGGGGGCCCUGCUGCCAGGAGCGCCGCUGAGCUUCCUCCCGCGGGCCCCCCCGGGGAGAGCCGCAGGAGUGCAGCGGGCCCAGCUGCUGGCGGGACCCGAGAAGGUUGCCCUGGGACAGCCGUGAGCGGGAGUGGAGGGCGGGAGCCUCUUCCUUCCGCGCAGUGUCCCGAGAAGGGUGGAGAAGACGAGUCUCCCUUUAGGAAGCUCUACGAGUCUAUGAAGGAAGUGUUGGAUGUGAAGUCAGAAAAAGAGAAUGUUCCACAGAACCGCAGACGAUCGGGGUCACAGGGUCACUGUGCAUCAGGAUCCGAAAGGGGUCCACAGGGCGCGACACCACCGUGGGCCUCGCCCAGGUCCAGGCGGAGAUCCCAUCGCAGCUCCCAAACUAAGGCCACCCCCGCCCCGGGACAGCGAGGGAGCAGCCCGACAGAGGAAGGGGGAGCAGGCGAGAGGCCUGGGCAGACUCUCGGGGCCACCGCGAGUCUCAUGGUUCCCCCCACGGAGACCAAAGCCACGACCCCUGCCCAGUGUACACAACAAAAUUCCUCACGAAAACGGCGCAGCGGAGACCUGAGUGUUGCCCGCGGCGGUGAAUCUGCGAGCCUGGAGCCAAGUGAAGGCUGCGGGGUGAACAAGGCAGCGGAGACUCCUCAGAGGGUCUCAGCUAGACAGCAACCCCCCCCGAGAGGUGGAGUCACUGAUGGCCCUGGAAACACACCCGAAAAAGCCUUUUCCAGAAAGAGGCGGAGCAGCCUUCCUCCAAAUGUCAACAUUCUUGCUACAGAAACAGAAAUUCAGAAGCAGACCAUGCUGUCCCCGCUGAUGGUCCACGUGGAGAGGAAGGUUCCAGGCAGUUCCCUGGGCACCCCCGAGCAGCUGGGCACCACAGCGGGGUCCCCGGGCCUCAGUCCAGUCGAUGUCAGUAACGUUGGCGAUUCCCUUAACAAGACUGAAGGGCUGCCCUUGAAAAGAAGGCGGGUCUCCUUUGGGGGCCAUCUGAGACCUGAAUUGUUCGAUGAAAACUUACCUCCUAAUACCCCUCUCAAAAGAGGAGAAACACCCAUGAAGAGAAGGUCUCUUGUAACCCACACGCCAACUGUGCUAAAGAAAAUCAUCAAGUCUCCUCAGGAACAGCCUCAACAGUCAGAAAAGGAAGAUUCUUCAGAGGUCCAUCUGGAAGUGACCACACAGAACGUGCUUAUGAGCUCACCCGCUCGCAAUCCUACGAAAACGCCUCCAGUUGCAAAUGAGGGUCGCAGACGGUCAUCUAAGCCACCGGCCCCGAGUGGCAGCAAAUCUCCACAUCAGGCAGACGUUCCUAAGAGGGCCGGGAGGAGGAGCAGCGGCGCUGCCUCCAGGAGGGCCUCCGUGGACCGAGGCCAGCACGAGCUCCUGCAGAUGAUCCACUCCAGGCGGAGGAGCGGAGCCUCGGAGGCCAACUUAAUCGUGGCAAGAUCGUGGGCAGACGUAGUAAAACUCUGUGCCAAACAAACACAGACUAAAGUCGUGAGACACGUUCCCCCAAGACAGCCGAGCAAGAGGCAGCGGAGAAUUAACACCCCAAAGAAGCCUCCGGGCAGUGUUCACAGUGAGUUCAGUACAGGCCACGCAGCCUCUCCCUGCACCAUCGUAAUAGGGAAAGCUCACAUCGAAAAGGUAAACGUGCCUGCUCGGCCCUACAGGAUGCUGAACAACUUUGUGUUCAACAAAAAAAUCGACUUCAAUGAAGACCUUUCAGGGCUCACUGAAAUGUUCAAGACCCCAGGGAAAGAGAAGCCACAAACAAUGAACAUAUAUUCUACCACUUUUUCAAAUUCAGAAGAUAUGCUUGGGGAAGAGUUUCAAGUACCUAAUUCAGAAGGAAAGCCUCUGCUACGCACCCCAGAAAAUUUUGGAGAGAAUGUGUUAUCUGGGGCUCAGAAUGCACCAGAAGAGCCAUCGCAUAAAAAGUCUUCAAGCCCGACCUUAACACAACAGUAUAUUACAGUACAUGAAAGUAUGAAAACUCCACGAUCUGAGGCAGAGCCUCCGAAGGUGGCACCCAGUGCACACAAAUUCAGGAGGUCCGUGGAGCUCAGAAAUAUACAGGUGACAGGUACAGAGUGUGACAAGAAUGACAGAGAAGUUGGCACUAUUCAGAAUACCUUGGGAAGAUGUCUGAGGAAUUCAUCAGUACCAGCACAACUACCAGAGGGAGCAAUGAAGGACAAUGAAAGAGUCUUUGAAACAUGUAAGAAAAAUAUUGAACCAAAAGAAAAUUCUGAAAAGCUGACAGCUGUGAGGAGAUCAAGAAGAUCUUCAGAACUGAAAUGUGCACCAAGAGCAGACCUGAUCGCCAUCAAGAGAUUGCAAGAGACAGAAUCCAAGAAAGACCUGGUGGGCAUCCACAGUUCCCUCCGAAACCCCAGUGACACUGAAGAACCAGUGGAUACGGAAAACAAAACCACAUUGAUGCUCUGUAAAUCUCCAGGACCAGUCAGCACGCCAACCAGGAUGAAUACACGGAUCCAGACGCCUUCCCAGAGUGUGAGUGCAGAGGGUCUUUCAGCACUCAGGAAGCCCAGACAAACCCCACAGGACAGGACCCCCACACACAAAGAACCAGAAGGUGGUGACAGAAGCAUGGAAGCAUUUAAGGAAGCUCCAGAACAGAAACUGGACUCAGCAGAAAAUGUGAUUGGAAGCAGGAGGAGGUCAGGAACACCCAAGAGGAAGGUCCAGCCCAUAGAAGACAUGGCCGGCUUCAAAGAGCUCUUCCAAACACCAAAUCACAUCGUGGAAACAGUGACUGAUGACAAAACCACCAAAGUACCCUGCAAAUCUCCAAAACCAGAACCAGUCAGCACACCAACCAGCACAAGGAGACGUUUCAGGACACCCCUGGGGAAAGUGGACAUGGAGGAAGAGCUGUCAGCACUCAGGAAGCCAACACCAACACCAGGGGGAACCACACACUCACAUAGAGAACCAGAAGCUGAUGAUAAAAGCAUCAGAGCAUUUAAGGAAACUCCAAAGCAGAAGCUGGACUCAGCAGAAAGUGUGACUGGACGCAGGAGGAGGUCAGGAACACCCAAGAGGAAGGCCCAGCCCAUAGAAGACCUGGCUGGCUUCAAAGAGCUCUUCCAAACACCAGAUCACACAGUAGCACCAAUGGCUGAUGACAAAACCAGUGAAGUAUUGUGCCAGUCUCCACAACCAGAACCAGGCAUCACUCCCACCAGCAUGACCAGACGACUCAGGACACCUCUGGGGAAAGUAGACAUGGAAGGAGAGCUCUCAGCGCUCGGGAAGCCAACACCAGUACCUGGGAAAACCACACACUCGCAUAGACAACCAGAAGGUGAUCAAGGUAUCAAAGCAUUUAAGGAAACUCCAGAACAGAAGCUGGACUCAGCAGAAAAUGUGAUUGGAAGCAGGAGGAGGUCAGGAACACCCAAGAGGAAGGUCCAGCCCACAGAAGACCUGGCCGGCUUCAAAGAGCUCUUCCAGACACCAAUUCACAUCAUAGAAACAGCGACUGAUGACAAAACCACCAAAGUACCCUGCAAAUCUCCAAAACCAGAACCAGUGAGCACACCAACCAGCACAAAGAGAUGUUUCAAGACACCUCUCGGGAAAGUAGACUUGGAGGAGGAGCUCCCAGCACUCAGGAAGCCAGCACCAACACCAGAGAAAACAAUGUGUUCACUUAGAGAACCAGUAGGUGAUGGUAAAAGCAUCGAAUCCUUUAAAGAACUUCCAGAACAGAAACUGAACUCAGCAGAAAAUGUGAUUGGAAGCAGGAGGAGGUCAGGAACACCCAAGAGGAAGGUCCAGCCCAUAGAAGACAUGGCUGGCUUCAAAGAGCUCUUCCAAACACCAGAUCACACAGUAGCACCAAUGGCUGAUGACAAAACCAGUGAAGUAUUGUGCCAGUCUCCACAACCAGAACCAGGCAUCACUCCCACCAGCAUGACCAGACGACUCAGGACACCUCUGGGGAAAGUAGACAUGGAAGGAGAGCUCUCAGCGCUCGGGAAGCCAACACCAGUACCUGGGAAAACCACACACUCGCAUAGACAACCAGAAGGUGAUCAAGGUAUCAAAGCAUUUAAGGAAACUCCAGAACAGAAGCUGGACUCAGCAGAAAAUGUGAUUGGAAGCAGGAGGAGGUCAGGAACACCCAAGAGGAAGGUCCAGCCCACAGAAGACCUGGCCGGCUUCAAAGAGCUCUUCCAGACACCAAUUCACAUCAUAGAAACAGCGACUGAUGACAAAACCACCAAAGUACCUUGCAAAUCUCCAAAACCAGUCAGCACACCAACAAGUAUAAAGAACCAUCUCAGGACAUCUCUGGGGAAGGUGGACAUGGAGGAAGAACUCUCAGUACUCAGGAUGCCCACACCAACACCAGAGAAAACGUGUUCACCCAGAGAACCAGUAGGUGAUGGCAAAAGCAUUGAAUUCUUUAAGGAAACUCCAGAACAGAAACUGAACUCAGCAGAAAAUGUGAUUGGAAGCAGGAGGAGGUCAGGAACACCCAAGAGGAAGGUCCAGCCCACAGAAGACCUGGCCGGCUUCAAAGAGCUCUUCCAAACACCAGAUCACACUGGGGAAACAGUGACUGACGAUGACAGAACCACCAAGGAACCCUGCACAUCUCAAAAACCAGAACCAGUCAUCAUGCCAACAGGUAGAAACAGACGUGUCAAGGCACCUCCAGGCAAAGUGGCCACAGAAGAUGAGCUCUUAGCGCCCAGGAGACCCACGUGCACAUCGGGGAAAACCACACGGUCCCGCAGAGGAACAGAGGCUGCUGCUAAGGAUGUGAAAUUGUUGAAGGAAGCUCCAGAAGAGAAAUUGGACCCUGCAGAGAACGUAACUGGAAGCAAGAGGAGGCCAAGAACACGUAAGGAAAGGGCCCAGCCCCUAGAAGACCCGGCCAGCCUCAGAGAGUCCUUUCAGAUACCGAGUCACACAGAGGAACCAGAGACUGCUGCCGAAACCAGUACACUGCCCCCCACGUGUCCACAGCCAGAAGCCGUGGUCCUGCCCGCGCGCCGGAGGGGACGGCUCAGGGCGCCUGCAGGGAAGGUGCCCGCGGAGGACGCGCUCUCAGCGCCCAGGAAGCCCACACGGGCCUCCGGGAAAACCACCACGCGGUCCCACAGAGAACCAGAGGUGGCUUAUCAAGACAUCAAAUUGUUGAAGGAAGCUCCAGAAGAGAAAUUGGACCCUGCAGAGAAUGUAACUGGAAGCAAGAGGAGGCCAAGAACACGUAAGGAAAAGGCCCAACCCCUAGAAGACCCGGCCAGCCUCAGAGAGUCCUCCCAAGUAUCAGGUCACACAGAGGAACCAGAGACUGUUGUCAAAACCGGUACACUGCCCCCCACGUGUCCACAGCCAGAAGCCGCGGUCCUGCCGGCGCCCCAGGGGAGACGGCUCAGGGCGCCUGCAGGGAAGGUGCCCGUGGAGGACGCGCCCUCAGCGCCCAGGACGUCAAGGAAAACCACACGGUCCCACAGAGAGCCCGUCGCCGGUGAUAAAGACAUCGAAGCGUUCAAGGAACCUCCAAGGCAGAAACCGGGUCCCACAGGAAACGACGCGGGCAGCAAACGUCGGCUGAGGUCCCGGAAGGAGAAGGCCCAGCCCCCCGAAGGCCCCGCCAGCUGCAAACAGCUCUCCCAGAGCCCAGCUCAGGGCAAGGAACUGGGCACAGGUGCUGAGAGCGACACGAGGGCGCCGACUCCAAGGCAAACGCCAGACCGGGGCAAACCUGCAAGACCCAGAAGAGUCCUUAGGGCCCCGAAGGUAAGGCCCGUGGAAGACCUGGGGGGCAGCAGAGACCCUGUCGAGCCACAAAGUGAGAGCGGCGCGUCCCAGUCCCCUGAGAGGAAACCUGAAGAUGGAAGUGCCACGGGAGCGAGGCGGCUGCGCACGAGGUCGCGGGCACAGGACGCUGCGGAGGAGAAGCCACCGCCGAAGAGGCCGAGGACAGCUCCCCGAGAGAGGCGCGAACCGCCUGAGCCCUUGGCCCUGAAGAGUCGGCGAGAGUUGGCGGAAAGCACCGGGCCUGUGGAAGGCGCGCCCAGCAAGGACGUGGAAACCAAGAACAGGGGCCGAAGAGCCCAAGUCGUGACCUCCCCAGACAAGGGAAAGUUCCUGCGCUCCAGACGCCCAAAUAAAACCAGCGAAGCCGAGCAAAGACCUGAGAUUCUCAUAGCAGCAGAGGUUAAAAUAAAGAGGAGUGGAAAGAAGCCCGCAGAUACGGCCCACGAGGCCAAGAUCCAAAACCCGGGAGAUGGAGCCUUGAACUCCGCACCUGGGGACGCGGCCCCCGAGAAGAGCGUGGGCCUGAGAUCCGCAAGGCGGGGCAAGGCGCCCGUGCCCAGCGGAGCCGAGCAGAAGGCAGGGGGCAGAAGCGUGGAAAUCCAGGCGAAGACUCGGGAAGAGGAAGGAGGGGCCCAGGGUGCAGGCUUCACACGCCUGAGAUCAAGGAAGGUGACCGCCCCUCCUGCCGGGGACACUUCGGAGAGCCAGUCCCAACAGCGAGUGACGCGGAGCGCCAAGAGACCCGCCGAAAGCGCAACACAGGAGAACAGCUCCGUGGGCAUCAAGAAAAUGAGGACCAGAAGCCGCCGGGGCAGUGGCAAUGUUUAGCCAAGACAUUCAAGGAGAAAUAGUAGGAAACGUAGUUUAGUGAUAACUUCUAGUACAACGUCUGCUGUAAAUUUAAACGUGAAUUCUGUAAAUAGUGCUAUCUGGGUGCUUAAGGGAAGAAAGCUUUUAAAAUUUUUUUACUUUGAUGGUCUACUCAGAACCCCCUCGCGGAGGCUGUGAGGGGGACGCCUGAAACGAUACAAGUUUAAGACGGGUGGGGGGUGGGAGUUUGAGCCGAGCUGUGCCCUUCAACUUUGCCAAAUGCGGCCCUGAAAUCGAUCCCUCAGGCCAACCCCACUCCUAGGGCUCUAGCACUUGCAUUGUAAAUGCUUUCGUGUUUGUCUGUGUCCCCCGUCAGAACCCCGAAGGCAGGGGCUUGUCUCCUGUCCCCACCUGGGCAGGCCCGCAGGAAGCGUCAGGAACGGAGAGAUGAAGAUCCGCGGUGCUCACAAGACACGUCUGCGCGGUGGCAGAGGCAGGCCUGCGGUCCCUGUGCCAGCUGCUGGUUCCUUGCCCAGGACAGUCCUGUCUUGGGUCCAACCACUCAGGGAAUGAAAGUGACCUGAAGGAUGGCUUGUGACCCCAUCUUCAGGGCACAGGAGUCAUACAUUUGGGGGCUGGCUGGUAGUGGGCCUUUUUAUUGCUCUCAUCUGAGAAGGGCCCCACCCCACCCAUUGGCCGGGGUGCCACUCGGUGCCAAGUUCUGACACCCUCUUCGCUUCUGUGCUUUGUGUCAUUUACACUGUCAUUUACAUUACUGGCCCUGGUCCCACCUGUGCUUUUUCUGGCUGCACCUGUCGGCCUGCUUGGUGCCCAGCACCCCCUCGCACAGGAAGCCACACGAACGAGCCGUCCUAACGCGAGGCCGCUUCUGACAGUGGCGGGAGCGAGGGUCCUUCCCCCAGAGGCCCACUCUCCCUGCGAGCCCAUACCUCCCCGUCUCAUUUUAUGUCCAGACUUCCUUCCGUUUCAGGCCUAGACGCACAUCUGACUGCUGGCAUCUGUUUUUAUGUUCCCAUGUCCUCCUGCCCCUCUGUCCCCUAAGUCGGGAAAUAGCACACCUUCCGUCCAGUUACCUGUCUGGAAUCCUCCAGUUCACCUGCCUUGCCAGGCUGAGGUGCAGAUGGGAGACAAGAAGGUGGCUGUCCCCAAAUGUGAGUGUAACUGCUGAGCCCCUGUCUGUCCCCUCUUGUCCCGUGUCUGGCAUGGAGCCAGGUCCACAUAAAAAUAAACCUUUGUUAAUGAA